CACCACCAAAAAGAUCACCAAGAAAAUGGGAACCCAAACCCACCAGCAUCCAUAAUCACCAAAACCCCAUCGCCAGUUCGCCACCAUGCCCCACCAACCGCCGCCGCCGCUACUCCACCGCCAAAACACCACCACCCAAAUCCUCCACCACACCACCACCACCAUCUUCUCCACGCGCCACCACCUCUUGGUCUUCCUCUUCGUUUCGCAGCUUGUAUUUUCUUUUCACAUUCAAGUUGAAACCAUCCUACAAUUCCUCACUGAAUACAUCGAUAAUAAUCCUUCAAUUAAAACCCAUUUUCAUCAAUUCAAAACCCCACCAAAACCCAUCAAUCAUUAUCAUCCCGACCCAUUUCCCUCUUUCUUUGAUGACCCACUAAAAUGGGCAUUUCACAGAGUCUCAAAUGACCCACAACCCAAACCCGAAUUAAAUGCCACCAUUUUGGCCCUUUCCAGCUUUGUUUCAGAAAAUGGGCCUAGGGUUUCUGAAUAUAUACAUUCUGUUACUGCUUUGUCUUUCAGAGUUACUGAGGAUAAAAACACUGUGAGUAAAAAAAAUCAAGAUUUUUUUACUAUAUGGUUAAUUGUUACUGUUUUCUUGGCUUCAUAUGGGGUAGCAGUUUUUGGGUUUCUUGUUACACAUUCUAUGGUUAAUGGGAUUAUAUUUGUGAUGAUAAUGAUUCACUUCUUGAAGAAAAAAUGGCCAUUAGGAAAGAUAUUUAGGGAUGGGUUGGAUCUUGGUAUGGAUAGAUUGUGUUGGUUGUAUGCAUUGAGAUUGGUAUUAAUGACUGGAUUAACUCAACUUUUGGGUCUUUGUUUUUUUGGAAAUUUUUACGACCCAUAUACGCAUUUCAAGAUUUUUGUUAGGUUGAAGUUUAUGCCGAUUACCAGCGUUAGAUAUUGGGUAGAAGGGUUAGAAAGGGAUAGUUAUGGUUUUCUGUUUACUUGGCUUAUGUUGGACAUGUAUAUGUCUUUAUAUUUUUCUGUUGAUGCUUGUGUGGCUAUUGCGGAUUCAAAAAAGAACGGCUUGGAAGUUAUUAAAGAAGGGUAUCGUUUGAUGUCAUUGAUGGAUAAUCCUGCUACUAAUCUCAAUUUGUUACAAAAUUUUGUCUGCGGGUUAUAUGUUAGAAGCAUACUUGCAGACGUUUUUGGACCCGUAUUUGCUGUUGUCAUUCAAUCUUGUAUGGAGGCGUAUUUUUUGGUGGCGUGGAUGAUGUAUUACUUGUGUGUCAAGUCAAUGGAUGCUAAUUCUAGAGGAGUGCCUUUUGGUCAAAGAGAGCUUGAAGCCAUGCUAGUUGAUGGUGGACAGUGAAAUCCACUCAAAAUUCAAAGGCAGAAAGUGGAUUGUCGAUCAUUUGCACAUUGAACCACACUGAGGAAAAUGUCCUCAUGGCAUGGGAUAUAGAGUCUUGAAUCAGCAGCGAAAUCAUAUUCUUCUUGAGCUUGAUCUAGUAAGGCAUUGAACAAAGGGUUCUUUAGUAGUUUCACAUUGAUUACAAACCUGCUUUGGUUUUCACCUACAUAAACUACCAAAUGACCCUUUGGGACAUCCCUUGGUAUGCAGUCUUCUUCACCGUCUUCAUGAUUGGAUGACGAUAUCCAGCAGAAUCCCCAUGUUUCACAUCUUAACCACGGUACAAUUCCAUUCGUAUGUCUCUUUUUCUUCAACCAUGCUUUCACAAUCUUCACGUGCAUCAUCUUUAUAUGUAUAUGAGCUUCUGGGGGGGUGGGUGAGAGAGAGAGAGAAAGAUGGAGAUUGUGUUGAUGGCAAGGAACUAGGAGGGAUUUAUAUAGUGUAUUAAUUAAAGAGCCUGUAUAUAAUAUAUCAAUAUACAUACAUAUAUUUAUAUGUGUGUGUGUGUGUGUGAAUUUUCUUUAAAGGGGCUUUUCUAAAUCGUGUUGAAUCGAAAUUAUAAAUUUGUACGAUAGGGUACAAUAAUGUACGAACAUGUAUAUUGCAUGAUUAAAAGUAGUUCUAUAGUGUAACGGAAUGAACACGCACCUUACGUUAAAGGCAUGUGUGUUACUUUCCUAAAAUAACACUUAAACAACGGGGAUCUAUCUUUCGCCUAUGUGUUUGAAGAAAUUUUAUUUUAUUUUCUGUUAUUUUUGUCGAUGAAGCAUCUGCUCGAUAUCAACUAAUAAACUGUAUGUGUCACAUGAGAAUUUGGUAUUGUAAGUCAAGGCAGCACAACUUAUUAUGACAUCAACAUGGAGUGAUUGAGAGUAAAAGAGAUUUGAGAAAACGAUUGUGCUUAGGUGAGUUUGAAAGUGUUUGAGCACUUUGGUUAGGGGUAUUGAUCACCUCCACAUUUGUUAUUGUUAAUCAUGUCUGUUGUUCGACUAGAAAAUGUCCCAUUUCACCAAAGAUGAUGGUGCUUUUUGUUUCCCUUGUAUUAUAUGGUUUUGAUGUGUAUUAAAUUACAAUCAUGUUAGCUAUAUAUACAACAAUUGUAAACUUUUGAUGAA